CUCCGCCCGCCCCUCCGCCGCCUCCGGGAGCAGCCGGUACCGGCGCACCGCGGGGUGGAGCCGCCCGGCUUCGGCUCCGCUGGGGGAAUCGAGGAGGCUGCCCGCCUCGCCGCGGCCGCAGGGUGCGUGUGCGGGGCUUGCGACCUGGGCUCGCGUCGGUGCUUGGAUCCCUCCUCCUCCUCCUCGUCCUCCUCGUCCUCCUCCUCCUCCCUCCCGCUCCCCGCCUGGCAGCGAGGGGCUGGGGAAGUUGCGCUUACACGCGAGCCGGCUUCGCAGCGGGGAUCGCUCUGAGGAAAAGGGGCUCCCCCCUCCCUCGCCGCCCCCCCCCCCCCCCCGUCGCCGUGGCCUCCGAACAGUCAUUCUUCCAGAAUGCCAGAGGAAAGUUCGCCAAAGCGGAGUCCUCAAAACAUCCCGUACAAGGACCUGCCCCAUAUCGUCAAUGCUGAUGGGCAGUAUCUCUUCUGCAGGUAUUGGAAGCCAGCAGCAGCUCCCAGGGCCCUCGUGUUUAUCGCUCAUGGCGCUGGGGAACACUGCGGCCGCUAUGAUGACUUGGCCCAGAGGCUGACGGGACUUAACUUGUUUGUUUUUGCCCAUGACCAUGUUGGCCAUGGGCAGAGCGAGGGUGAUCGUAUGGUUGUCUCAGAUUUCCACGUCUUCAUCAGGGACAGCUUGCAGCACAUUGAUCUCAUGAAGAAAGAACACCCCGAGCUGCCUAUUCUCAUUCUGGGGCACUCCAUGGGGGGAGCCAUCUCCAUUCUGACAGCUAGUGAGAGACCCAGUGAGUUUUCAGGCAUGCUGUUAAUCUCUCCUUUAGUGGUAGCCAGCCCAGAAGUCGCCACUCCCAUCAAGGUUUUUGCAGCGAAAGUGCUCAACUUUGUUCUCCCAAACCUGUCACUGGGAUCGAUAGAUCCAAAUGCAAUUUCCCGGAACAAGAAGGAGAUGGAGUCUUACACAUCUGAUCCCUUGGUCUACCACGGUGGCAUGAAGGUCUCCUUUGUCAUCCAGCUGAUGAAUGCCAUUGCCAGAAUUGAGCGAGCUCUGCCCAAGCUGACUUUGCCCAUCCUGGUGCUACACGGCUCUUCUGACAAGCUCUGCGAUAUCAAAGGGUCCUAUUUACUGAUGGACACAGUGCAGAGUCAGGACAAAACACUCAAGGUAUAUGAGGAAGCCUAUCAUGCCCUUCACAAAGAGCUGCCCGAGGUCUCUACCUCUGUCUUCACAGAAAUACUAACAUGGAUUGGCCAGAAGGUCUCAGCAGCUGGGGAAACCAGCCAUACUUAAGAGCAGUUGGUUUUGUAGCUCUUUCUGGGGUUUUCUGGGAACAGAUGCUUUUCUUAAUAGAAGUCUCUCUGAAAAAGAUCUAAUGUGGAGGGACUCUUGGGAUAUUUUAUCAUGCACAGCAGAAAGGAGGGUGGGGGGAGAGGGACAGGGUGGGGCAUUAUUUGCUGAUGUAAAUGGCCACUGCCCUAAUCUGGAGAAGAAUUGAUAGCUGUGGGAGAAGCCGUCAAAGCUUUCCAGGUCGGGUGACUUUACUGAAAUGCCCCUCACCCACCAAACUUCCCCCACCACUUCCCCUUCUCUGCUUUCACUGGGGUGACAGGGGUGUAUUUAUACUGCAAUAAUUUUUGGUAUGUUAAAGAAGUCAGUAUCUUCCACUUCAUGGUUUUGAUUCCAGGUGCAUACAGUCCCUUCCCUGUCCCCACCAUCUAGUACCUUAAAAGCCCUGGUCCUUGAGAGGAGAGCAGUAACGAAGGUGCUGGAUAACGAGGAGAGGCUAAAGAUGGAGCUGGCAGCUCCCUGAAGGUGAAAGGCUGGUUUUCAAGGUCAGACCUCUUUGGAUACUGCCUUUAUAAGCAGGCCAGGCCAGGGGAGAGCAUAAAGACAGCCUCCCCCACUGCCCUGCAUGUCUUCUGUGAGUUUGCACUCGGGGAAAGCGUGUUGAACAGCUCUUUAGUUUUCAUCAUCAGAGCAGGAUCCCAGAGGGGAGAGCAGGAAUGUGGAAUCAAACCCACAUAGCACAUUCAAAAACCAUGCUUUUCCCAAUGCCAAACCUCAUCUCAUCUGCAAAAUGAACUAUUCUGUAAAUAUUCCUAGGGGCUGCUUUUUUUCCUUCCUUCCUUCCUUUUUUUCCCCCCCCUUUUUUUUUUCUUUUGGAAUUAAUCGCGCUACUGAAACUGAAAAAGCAAAGUCAGAAGUUAUAAGAGAGUAUAGUAAUAUAAUAUAUGAUGUAUAUAGAAGUGGCUGGGAGCUGGGGAAGAAAUGGGAGGAGAGUCUAAAGAAGGAGUUAAUUGUUCCUUCUCUUGGCAAAGAAUAAUGUUGUCCUACCGUGAUCCAGUCCUCUCACCAUAACUUUACAGUCAUAAUCUGUUGUUUUCCUUCAUCAGUUGGAAAAUGUCCUGAAAAUAAUGCUAGAGAGAAGCGCAGAGCAUCUGGUGGGUGGGGAUUAGCAGUGGGUGUCCUCAUGGUCCACCGGUUUAGUAGGAGACCCACAGCAUGAACAGAGAUCCCGUCCAAGCUUGCCUCAACCUCUUCCUAAUCAGCACAGCCACCUCUGGGGCAGAUCACUGAGCAGAGGGGCUAAGCUCACCCCUUUAGGCAAUGUGGGGAGCUGAAGGCAGAGUAUGGGGUGCAAUCAUCCGUCCAACAUCUACCUUGCUGCACUGAGGGCAUCCACGGGCACUGGUGCACAAGCAGCCAUGGAGGAGCUUGUGGACUGGUCCAGUGGUGCAGACAAGCCAAAUCCUAGAGCUGUCUGGGUCUCUGGUAGCAGCAGGGUGAAAGGAAAGACUUUAGACCCAGUUGAGGAGCAGAGGCAUUGUAUCGAUACAGCAAAAGCUGCCUAGUGAUCACAGCGUGGCUGUGCGGGUCAGUUUGUCCAGGGCCCUAAUUAUGAAUACACUUCUUGGCACUAGCCAAAGGGAGGGGCUUUAACUUGCACCUCUCCCUCCAAUUUUGCAAGAAGAAAACACCUGCAAAUGUUGCACUAUGAAAGAGCGGGGUACCUGCCCCAGUGACAAACCGGCCCCCUUAUUGCCCUCCCCGGCAGCAGUGGGAACCAUCAUUGUGCCUUCAGCUGCCGUCCCCAGGGCUGGAUCCCACCGGCGACAGCCGCGGGGCGUCACCCACCUCUCCUCCCUCUGAAACCAGUCCCGGCGACAUUCAGGAAAGGGACCUCUGUGCAAUAACGGUCAGAAUCAGGGCUCGGUCCCAUUCGGUCCCAGCAGCGUGGGCGGAUGAAAGCUGCGUGGAUGCAGGUUAUGCCCUUUUAAUUGCCCUAAGGGGCCCAAGCCAGGAAAGCUCUUUUAUGCAGGCUGAUCCAGGCACUUUCACACUUGUAUUUUCUUGCUUCUAAAGAGGAAUGAGCUGUAGUUCUCCCAGCAACGCCAACUUUUGAUUCAAAUAUUAUACCAGUGCAGUCAGCUGUUCUCACCAACCCCUGCUAAACCUCUGGUGACACUUGCUGUGGGGAGGAGGCGAUGCACAGGUCGCCUGCUCUGCAUCUUCCGACAGCCUGGCUUGUUGCAACUUCUUUUCCCUGAGCAUGAUCCCUCCUUGCCAGAUGCUGCUAGGGAAAGACAGCAAGAAACAGUACAGCGGUGAUAAACCUCACCUGCUUCUUCAGCUGGAAGGGGAAUCAGUAGGCGUGAUCCAGUGGUGACAGACAUUGCGGGGGUAGUAGCAAGAUGAUGACUUAAGGAUGGGAUUUUUGAAAGCACUUUUCCCGAGGAAGUCAGGAGGAGUAAAUCAAUGCCCACAUUCUUUACAUCGCUUCCCAAACUGACAAGCACUUUGCGGAGGGGGGGCAGGGAAGUGACCCUCCAGCGGGAAGGUCAGAGCCUGUCUGCUCCCUCCAACCUGGCUUCAGGCAGAGGAAAGUCCAUGGUCAGUGCCUUUGCUAAAAUGUGCCCUUUCACCCAAGAAACAUCCGCAGCUCAGCAGAAAUAAAAGGAAGCCAAUUACCUUGAUCUGGGGAAGACCUGUCCCUCUGUCUAGCUAAGCUCAGCAAUGGCAUGUGGCCUGGGGAGGCUGUGUUUGAAAAUCAAGUUAACAAACAAGGAGUUGAAAGAACAACAGUAAAAAAAAAAAAAAAAGCCAAAUAAGCCCCAAGCCCUGACACAGCAGGGGUUAUUGCCACCCUCAACCAGUUUUCUGAAGAGUUAUCUUCUGUGGAAAUUAACACGGGGAAACCUACCCAAAAAAAGCCCGGAAGGCUGCCUGUCCCCGGCAGCGCGCACCUCCAGACAGGCUGCUGAGCGGAGCGGGAGCAGCCCAUUUGCAGGUGGGGAAAUGAGUGCAGAGGGAAGGAGCCAGGAGCAAAUCAGCCCGGGUCAGUCGAGAUGCUGAUGUGCACCAGCUGCAGCUCAGCCUGCGCAUUUCAGCUGUCACUGCUAUUGCUGAGCCCUUACCCUGCCUGUAAGCUACUUUAUAUUGACACAGUUAGGUUUCACCAUGCCCUGGAGGAAUUCUUCCUUUGCUGACCAGAUUAGUAAUGAGCAGAGCUGCUGCCAAGGGAAAUGUAAUUAAACGCUAUUUUCAAAUGGCAGGUACCAUUUGCAGGGAGCACAGCCAGCCUUAUGAACGUUGCUGUGCGGAACAGCACCAGAGACUUGUCUGCCUUUGAGAAUAGGUGGCACUCAUGACUGAGCAAUAGCAACGUGUAACUACUGUAUAUAUCACCACCUGUAGCACUGAGAGACCGUUCCCCACUGCCUAACCCAUCGCAUUUUCUAUUUAGCCUGUUCUUUUUAUACCACUCACCUUAGCACACUGCCAGCACAAACCUAUUCACAUCACAUUUACUUUUCCAAGUAAUUUCUGAGCUUGUCUCUCUUGUUCCAUUGUGUUCCAGUUCAAUAAAAUACAUUUAUAUAUAUAUACAUAUAUAAAAACAUAUAUACAUACACAUGUAUUUUCAGUGGGAAAAACCAUAUACAAGUUUAGGAUUCUUAAAGGAAUACAAUGUAUAUUGCAACUAAUAAUAAAGUUAUGUUUUCUGAA